AACGCAACAGAUCGUUUGAAACUAUUAAUUUUUCUUUCUAACUCAUGUUUAUUAGGGCCAUUUUUUCAUGUUUCGACGAGUACUUCUAGAAAUUAUGAACCCUUUUUUUCUAUUCAUCCUGUGUAUGUUGGUAUAUUAUAUACUGAUUAUAUAAAGAUCCAAAUGAAAGAAGGUAUCAAGUUAAUCUUUCCAUUUCAGACAAUCCCGGUGGUUUUGGUUUUAAUGAUCCUGGCAGUGGCUUCGUCCCAGGAUUAUAGUCAGUUGUUCGCUGGAUUCGGCCCUUACCUGAGGCAAGCAGCGGUAAUGCGAGAUCCACGAUCGAACAGGGGCAACAUGAUUUUCCAUUCAGGUCCAGUGCUGUUCCCUCCGGGUCCUCCGCCAAAUAACGCGGACACCAGCGGAGUGAUAGUAGGCGCGAGCGGCUAUGGAUUCGUGCCACCCAACCAAGGUAAAUCGUCGAUUGGAUUCUGAAGGGGGAAAAAAAAAAAAUGAGAGUGCUUUGGUGACGCAGAAGCAAUGAAUGGCACCGAGUCUGCUCUUAAAAUUCGAACCUCCACCAAAAGCUCUGCGCAGCGAGCAGUAAUUUCUUGGGGAUGAAACUAACCCCGGGCACCUAACUUGUGAAUAAAACGCUAUUUAUUUGUUGUCUCACACCUCGGAUCACCCAAAUCUACUCCUAUCUUCGUUCACUCCAACACGUUCACACGCUGCACGAGGAUCUUCACUAUGAAUAGUUAAUUAAUCACGGCUGAAAAUGCUACUCGUACCCAUUGACACUGAUGAUGGCUGUGUCAGUUCAUUGGAAUUUUACUAUUUCGUUGUUGAUAAAAUAACGACAGUAAUUGCGAUGACUAUGUAAUCUUUAGACUCGGUUGUUUAUACAACAGUUUAUAUUUAUACAUUUAUAUAAAUACUAAGGGCUAAAGAAGAAAUUCUCAAAUCGUUACAGUCUUGCUCUGAUUUUUGCAAACAAGGAGUUUGCAGAAUGG